AUGGCGCUGCCCUUUGCGCGUUCGCCUUGCUUCUGCCGCUGGGGAGCCAAACGAUUGGGGGCUGCCGCCGCCGAAGCCCGCAGAGGCGUCAGUUUCAAACUGGAAGAGAAAACCGCCCACAGCAGCCUGGCGCUCUUCAAAGGUGACACAGGUGUCAAAUAUGGCAUGGUGGGAUUGGAGCCCACCCAGUUGGCCCUGAAUGUGGAGCGUUUCCGGGAGUGGGCCGUGGUGCUGGCAGACACGGCGGUCACCAGUGGCAGGCACUACUGGGAGGUGACUGUGAAGCGCUCGCAGCAGUUCCGGGUAGGCGUGGCGGAUGUGGACAUUUCUCGGGAUAGCUGCAUCGGUGUCGAUGGCCGUUCCUGGGCGUUCGCCUAUGCCCAGCGCAAGUGGCACUCCAUGUUGGCCAACGAGAAAGCCCCUAUUGAGGGCAUCGGGGAUCCAGAGAAGGUGGGGCUGCUGCUGGAGUAUGAGGCCCAGAAGCUGAGCUUGGUGGAUGUGAGCCGGGUUGCUGUGGUCCACACGCUACAGACAGAUUUCCAGGGUCCAGUGGUACCUGCCUUUGCCCUUUGGGAUGGAGAAUUGCUGACUCAUUCAGGGCUUGAGGUGCCUAAGGGCCUCUAG